AUGGUCGGUGUACCAACAAGUAACAGGUGUGAUAACUGUCGGAUAAGGAAGAAGAAGUGUGGAGAGCAGCGCCCAUCUUGCGCAGAAUGCAUUCGCAGUGGUUGGGACUGUCCGGGGUACCCACCCCGUUGGAAGUUCGUGAACGAAACGCCUAGACUAAAGAAACUGUACUCUCGGAGGAGAUACAUCUUCGAAUCCAAUACUACAAGCCCAGAUGUUAUGAGACCAGAGAAGAUCAUCUUUGGGUCCAUAGAAUCUGGUUCGGACUUAUUUCUUUUGGAGAACUUUGAAGUAGUCUCUCCAGAAAUUCCCCGAUUUCAUGACAAUAAUCCUCUGGCUACUAAAUUGAUGUACUGUCUGGGAUGCAAAGUGAAAGGGGAUCUAGUACCUCUUUGGCUGAUUGGAUCAUUUUUUCAAUACAUACCUGGUCGUUUGGGCUACAACAUCGCUCUCGAUGACGCCAUAACUUGUGUUUGCAGUUUGUAUUGCGAUAGGUCUUCGAAAGAAUAUACCAAAUCGAAAGCCAUCUACAGAAAUUAUGUUCGAGCAUUAUCUUCAUUGCAAAAGUGUUUAGUCGAAGAACGUCUCCGUUUCCAAUCGGAAACAUUGUGUGCUUCUCUUUUAUUGCAGAUGUGCGAACUUGUUGUGAAUGUCGAUAAAGCCAAAUGGAUUGAUCUCGCUCGUGGAACUUCUCAGCUCAUUCAAGCACGGGGGGUGGGUCGAUACAAAGAUCCAUUUGAUCUUGGAAUGCUUGAAUCUCAGCUGAGUUACAUUGUCAUUCAAUCUGCCAGAUUCAAGGAAGACUGCUAUCUUCGCCAACCAGAAUGGCGGGCCCUCCUUGCAACUACAUCUGCAUGGCCUAGCAACACAAUCACUACGAAGGAGCUCAAAUCUCUGGAAUUGCGGAUCGAGCUUUGCCAUCAGCUAUUCGAAAUACCCAGCAUUCUUAUGGAAGCCUCGUCGUUUCUUCAAAAUUCCGGUGGACUGUUGGCAGGCUCUUAUCCUAUUUUCAUGGAUAACAUUCUCGAAAUUUGUUCUAAGAUGAAGGCAUGGCUAAGUUGCGGAGUAGAGCCUCACAUUUUUCCCAAUCCAUGGGAUAAGGCUGGAGCUACAGUUCAGUAUUCGGACCCGAUUGCAGGUGUUGUAGACUGCGUGGCCAAUACAACACUUCUGACACUCGACAAAGUCAUCUGUUCAUUAUACCACGGAAGCAUGGCAACACACGCAGUUGACACAUUCGAUGACCCGGAAGUCGUAGAGGGGUGGUAUCGCCGCGCAAUAAAGGCGUACGACUUCGUACAAAGCGAGUCAACUUUUGCCGCCAAACCUUUAGGAAUUGGGUUGCGACAAUUUCAAACAUCUAGCCCGAAGCCACUCGCCGAGACAAAAUCAUGA